GGCCUCUUUCACGGGGGGGAUUGUGCCCCAUGGAAAGUAGGACGGGGCAUAGGGUGUGGGGCAGAGCCAAGUGCAUGCUGGGAAAUACAAUAAAUUCUCUCCAGUCGGCCGCUCCCCCUCACUGAGCCGCGGGGAGGGGCGGGGGGCUGCUCCCUCCCGCCGUGACUUUGAACCCAGGCGAUCGGCGCGGGAGGGGGAAUGGAGUGUGUGCUCCGGCCCUGCAGGGCUGAAGACUGCGCGGACGUCAUGCGGAUGAUAAAGGAGCUGGCAGAGUUUGAGAAGCUCCCGGACCAGGUAGAAAUCAGCGACCGAGUGCUCCGGGAAGACGGUUUCGCCGACGACCCUUUCUACAGAUGCCUGGUGGUGGAGGUCCCGCCCGAGCACCGGAGUCGAGACGGACACACCGUCGUGGGGUACGGCCUCUAUUUCUUCACCUACAGUACCUGGAAAGGCAGGAACGUCUACAUGGAAGACUUGUACGUCAUGCCUGAGUUCAGAGGUAAAGGGAUUGGCAAGAAGCUUAUGAGUAAAAUUGCAGAGAUCGGCGUGGACAACAGAUGCUCCCAGAUGAAGUUCGUGGUGCUGGACUGGAAUCGAGCGGCCAUCGACUUCUACCGGGGCCACGGGGCGGUGGACCUCACGGCCGCGGAGGGCUGGCACUUCUUCCACGUCGAAGGAGAUGCCCUGAAGCAGCUAGCGCGGGGGCAGCUGGGACAGUGACGUGGCCACCAGCCCCCGCUCCCCUCCCAGCGCCGGGGAGAGAACCCAGGAGUCCGGGAUCCCAGGCCCCCCUGCUCUGACCCACCAGCCCCUACUCCCCUCCCAGAGCCGGGGAGAGAACCCAGGAGUCCUGGCUCCCACUCCUCUGCUGUAAAUCUUCAUGGAUGCUCCUGUAAAAUGCCUUUCUGCUGAUCGAUUUCUGGGGUGGGGGUUGGUUUCGGGGUCAGACAAGGCUCUGGGAAUGAGGAUGGUGGGAGGGCCCAGCCCCCCAGCUGCAGGGGGUCUCUAGAUCCACUGGGGUCCCGUCUCCCAGCAAGCCCCAGCCUCUAGUGCCUGGAAUAAAACCACGGGGAACAAA